AUGAGAGGAAACGCUGCUCAGGUCAAGGUCCACUUCAAGGGUGCCGACGACGACUACAUUGUCUUUGUCGACUCUGCCCAGGCCGUCCGUGACUGGAAGGCCGACAAGUCUGUUCCUCUUGCUCAGGUCGUUAGCGGCUGGAAGAUCUUCGUUACCCACAAGUACGUGUCGACACGCUCAGCUACCCCACCACUACCCCGCGAACCAAGGCUAAUGUCAUUGCUCUCAACAGGCNAGGGUACCACCGGCAUCCUCGACGGCGCCUCGAACAGCCAGCUUGAGAACGAGUUCGGAACACACAAGGAGGAAGAGGUCGUCAAGCAGAUCCUCGAGAAGGGUGACAUCCUCGAGACUGAGAACUCUGCCCGCAACGGCGAUAGAAACAUCACUCAGGGCCCCUCAGUCGGUCACUAA